AUGGGGGUGGAAAAGCUGAUAACCAGGGAGGUGUAUACAACAGUGGGGGUACAUCCAAAAUCAGUGCCCUCAGUGACCAGACAGGAGCGGGAACUUAUGUUCCAGCUCUGGGACUCUCGUCGCCUGGUGGGUUAUGGGGAGGUGGGUCUAGAUAGGACCACUCACCCUUAUGAGUGGGUGGCUCAAGAGGAGUUCCUCCAGGAGUUACUGCGAUGGGUACCUCCUGAGGGGGUUCUGGUCCUUCAUGCCCGGGGUGUCCCCCGGGAUAGGCUCAAUAUGGAGCCGACCCUGAGGCUCCUGUCACUGUGUCAGGCGUCCGGAAUCCCUAGCAUGCAGUACAUUCAACUGCAUUGCUUCCAGGGGUCCACUGCUCUAGUCAAUCGGUGGAGGGAAGCGUUUCCUAACACUUACUUUAGUGUAAAUAAUGGGGUGGGAAGUUUUGACGCAGACCAGUUGGCUGGUUUGAAGAGCGUCCCCUCCGAUAGGUUAAUCUUUGAGACGGAUGGCCCGCAUUUCGCUCCCCGCGGGUAUCCCCAAAAUGCCCCACACCUGCUGGGUAUUACCGCAGUAUUGGUGGCCCGUAUCCUGGGGGUUUCCCCUCAGGUACUUAUGUCCCGCACUUGUGAAAAUGCGAACAAACUGUUCUUUCACGACUAA